UUGGCUGGAUGCUCUUCCUGCCGGCUGCAGCUGCUAGAGCUUCCAUGGGGCCAUAGACGGGGAGGGGGCUGAAGCCAAGGGGUCCCCCAGGGUGGGAGCGAGAGGGGGGGCUGAAGGAAUUUUGGGGAGGGGGGAACUUACCUCCCCCAGCCCCCUCCUUUCAAUAGAGCCAAGGGUUAACCCCUUUGCUGCUGGGCUCUACAGGCAACGCCCCCUCCCCAUCUUUGCCCCCCUCCCCACAUACGCUAUGGGGCCUGACGCACCUCUCUGACAGCUGGGGGUUGAGCCGCUCUCUGUGUCCAAAAGAUGUCUGCUUCUUCUUCUUCGGCCCAUCCAUCCACAUCUGACCUUUUACUGCACCUGGAGAGGGCUGUAAUUGUGACAUCCGAGAACCACCUCUUCAGUGGCUCCUUGGAUUGUGACAUCUUUCCUAUCCAUUCCCACCUCCAUCUUCCCUCCCCUGCGACCUAAGGUCUGAGCUUUACCCUGCCCUAGACAUCUCCCAUACCUUAAGAACUUGGAUUUUGCAGCGAUGACCUCUGCCAGACGAUUAAUUCUCAGCUAAUACCGUAAUCUCAGUGGUCGUGGCCUCCUGUGGAAGCUACCAAGAAUUUUGGUUUGCAUCUUGCGAGCGGGUUAGGAUUGGCACCGGCUGGCCUUCAGGGACGUUGAACUGGAUAUAGGGGUACCAUGGAGUUUGCUGAGCUUAUCAAGACCCCACGGGCUGACAAUGUGAUCCUUCACCGCCCCUUCUACCCAACGGUGGAGGGGACACUGUGCUUAACAGGGCAUCACCUCAUCUUCUCCUCACGACGGCAAGACAACGUUGAAGAACUGUGGCUUUUGCAUUCCAACAUCGAUUCUAUCGAAAAACGCUUUCUCGGCUCCUUGGGCACCAUCAUCAUCAAAUGCAAAGACCUGCGGAUUAUUCAGCUUGACAUUCCUGGCAUGGAGGAGUCUUUGAACAUAGCCAGCUCCAUUGAGGCCCUGUCUACUUUGGAUGCCAUCACCCUGAUGUAUCCGUUCUUUUAUCGGCCCAUGUUUGAAGUCAUCGAAGACGGCUGGCACUCUUUCCUGCCAGAGCGUGAAUUCGAGCUGCUGAGUGCCGUGACAAAUGAAUGGCGGCUGAGCUACAUCAACAAGGACUUCUCCGUCUGUUCCUCCUACCCGCCCAUCGUCACUGUUCCCAAGUCGAUCGACGACGAAUCUCUCUGGAAAGUUGCCGGAUUUCGCCAUGGUGGGCGCUUCCCAGUCCUCAGCUAUUACCACAAGAAAAACGGGAUGGUAAUGAUGCGCAGCAGCCAGCCGCUCACGGGCACAAACGGGCGCCGUUGCAAAGAAGACGAGAAGCUGAUCAACGCCACCCUGAGGGCAGGGAAACGAGGCUACAUCAUCGACACCCGCUCCCUGAACAUCGCUCAGCAAGCCCGGGCCAAAGGCGGCGGCUUCGAGCAGGAGGCCCAUUAUCCCCAGUGGCGGCGGAUUCACAAGUCCAUCGAGAGGUACAAUAUUCUGCAGGAGAGCCUCAUCAAGCUGGUGGAGGCCUGCAACGACCAGUCACAUAAUAUGGACCGCUGGCUGAGCAAGCUGGAGGCGUCCAACUGGCUGACCCACAUCAAGGAGAUUCUGACCACGGCCUGCUUGGCUGCACAGUGCAUCGACAGGGAGGGGGCCUCUGUCCUGGUCCAUGGGACAGAAGGCACCGACUCAACGCUGCAGGUGACGUCUCUGGCUCAGAUUAUUCUGGAUCCCAGAUGCAGGACCAUUCGUGGCUUCGAAGCUCUCGUCGAGAGGGAGUGGCUGCAGGCCGGCCACCCGUUUCAGCAGCGCUGCGCCCAGUCGGCGUAUUCGAACAGCAAGCAGAAGUGGGAGGCCCCCGUGUUCCUGCUCUUCCUGGACUGCGUCUGGCAGAUCCUGCGCCAGUUCCCUUGCUCCUUUGAGUUCAACUACCACUUCCUCCUCAUGCUCUUCGAACAUUCCUACGCCUCCCAGUUCGGCACCUUCCUGGGCAACAAUGAAAACGAGAGGUGUAAGCUCAAACUGCCCCAGAAGACGAUGUCCCUGUGGUCCUGGGUAAAUCGGCCGGAAGAGCUCAACAGGUUCAAGAACCCUCUCUUUGAGGCCAACAGCCUGGUCAUCUGGCCGUCUGUCGCACCGCAGAGUCUGCAACUUUGGGAAGGAGUCUUCCUCCGCUGGAACCGGUCCUCCAGGUUUCUGGAUGAAUCCUACCAAGAAAUGAUCAACAUCAUAAGGUACAACAAAGAACUCCAAGUGAAAGUCAACUUGCUGAGGCGGCAGCUGGCGGAACUGGAGACGGACGACAGCAUGCACCACGACGGGAUGCCGGAAAGCCCCUGAGGUCCUGCAGGGCUCCCGGGCCAGGGGUCUCCUCCUCCUCCGUCGGGCGAGUCGUCUCAACACACUAAGCAUUAAAACACACAAGACUUGCAUGUGCUCCAA